AUGUAUUCAUUCUGGAAAAGUGAGAGAACAUGUCAAUAUCCAACAGGGCAAGAUGCGGAGAUGAAAAAUGUAAGAUUCAGUGAUGGUUCUUCUGUGAAAUCCAUAAUGUUUGGUUGUUGGACUUGGCAGAGAUGUUGUGGAACCGAAUGCUGCUUUGAGACUGUGUUGUUCAGUGUCAUAGGUCUUAUCUUCCUGAUAGCAGGGAUAUAUGCAGCACUCUAUGCAGCCAUCAAAUAUGUUCAGGAGGCACCACUGACAGAAGUUGGAAUUCCGUUGAAUGAGAGGAGGAAUUUAGAAGCAGAUGAUGAUUAG